UCCUCCCUGGCCGGCAGGAGUUUGGUUGAGAGGGUGCUGGAUGGUGGGGGAGUACCACUGAUGAGAGAGCGGGCGAAAGAAGGGACUAAUUUAACACUGUUAUAUUUAUCUACUGGAUACUGUUAAACACCCGAGCAGAGUUUCUUCAUCUACUGUGUGUGGUGACCAAGUGUAUUUUGCUUCUGGUAUCCAGCAGCAAUGUCACAGAGGAGUGGGCAGGAGGACCCGGAGCGGUACCUCUUUGUGGACCGCGCUGUGGUCUACAACCCGGCCGCCCAGGCCGACUGGACUGCCAAGAGGCUAGUAUGGAUCCCAUCAGAGCGCCACGGCUUCGAGGCUGCCAGCAUUCGCGAGGAGCGCGGAGAUGAGGUGGUGGUGGAGCUGGCUGAGAACGGGAAGAAGGCGGUCGUCAACAAGGAUGACAUCCAGAAGAUGAACCCACCAAAGUUCAGCAAAGUAGAGGACAUGGCCGAACUCACCUGCCUGAAUGAGGCAUCUGUGCUUCACAACCUCAAAGAUCGCUACUAUUCUGGCCUCAUCUAUACGUACUCUGGCCUCUUCUGUGUGGUCAUAAAUCCCUACAAAAACCUGCCCAUCUACUCAGAGAACAUCAUUGAGAUGUACAGGGGCAAAAAGAGGCAUGAAAUGCCCCCUCACAUCUACGCCAUCUCAGAGUCUGCAUACAGAUGCAUGCUACAAGAUCGAGAGGACCAAUCUAUUCUUUGCACAGGUGAGUCAGGAGCUGGCAAGACUGAAAACACAAAAAAGGUCAUUCAGUACCUGGCACACGUUGCCUCCUCCCACAAAGGAAGAAAAGACCACAACAUUCCUCCAGAAUCACCUAAACCAGUGAAACUGCAGGCUCAAAAUGCAGUUAGUGGACCCCUGUUUUAUGGUGAGUUAGAACGUCAGCUCUUACAAGCCAACCCCAUCCUUGAAUCUUUUGGGAAUGCUAAGACAGUGAAAAACGACAACUCGUCACGAUUUGGGAAAUUCAUCCGGAUCAACUUUGAUGUCACCGGAUACAUUGUUGGAGCCAAUAUUGAAACCUACUUACUGGAGAAAUCCAGAGCUAUUCGUCAAGCCAAAGAUGAGCGCACCUUCCACAUUUUCUACCAGCUGCUGGCUGGAGCAGGAGAGCACCUCAGAUCGGACCUGCUUUUGGAAGGUUUUAACAACUACCGUUUCCUGUCCAACGGUAACAUCCCAAUACCGGGACAGCAGGACAAAGACAACUUCCAUGAGACAAUGGAGGCCAUGCACAUCAUGAGCUUUGGCCAUGAGGAGAUUCUGGCCAUGUUGAAGGUCGUGUCCUCGGUGCUUCAGUUUGGAAACAUUGUCUUCAAGAAGGAGAGGAACUCUGACCAAGCCUCUAUGCCUGAUAAUACUGCUGCUCAGAAGCUGUGUCACUUGCUGGGUAUGAAUGUAAUGGAGUUUACCAGAGCUAUCCUCUCACCAAGGAUCAAAGUGGGAAGAGACUAUGUCCAGAAAGCGCAAACAAAAGAGCAGGCUGACUUUGCUGUCGAGGCCUUGGCUAAAGCAACAUAUGAGCGUCUGUUCCGCUGGCUGGUCCACCGCAUCAACAAAGCUCUGGACAGAACCAAACGACAGGGUGCCUCCUUCAUCGGCAUCCUGGACAUUGCUGGUUUUGAGAUUUUCCAGUUGAACUCAUUUGAGCAGCUGUGUAUCAACUACACCAAUGAGAAGCUGCAGCAGCUCUUCAACCACACCAUGUUCAUCCUGGAGCAGGAGGAGUACCAGAGGGAGGGCAUCGAGUGGAGCUUCAUCGACUUCGGCCUGGACCUUCAGCCCUGCAUCGACCUCAUUGAGCGGCCGGCAAACCCUCCAGGUGUGUUAGCUCUGCUGGAUGAAGAGUGCUGGUUCCCCAAGGCCACAGACAAGACCUUUGUAGACAAGCUAAUCCAGGAGCAGGGCACACACACCAAGUUCCAGAAGCCCCGACAGCUCAAAGAUAAGGCCGACUUCUGCAUCAUCCACUAUGCCGGCAGGGUGGACUACAAGGCAGAUGAGUGGCUAAUGAAGAACAUGGACCCUCUGAACGACAACGUGGCCACUCUUCUGCAUCAGUCAACUGACAAAUUUGUAGCUGAGCUUUGGAAAGAUGUCGACCGCAUUGUAGGCCUGGACCAGGUGGCAGGAAUGAACGAGACAGCCUUUGGUGCUACCUACAAAACGAAAAAGGGCAUGUUUCGUACGGUCGGACAGCUCUACAAGGAGUCGCUCACCAAACUCAUGGCCACGCUGAGGAACACCAACCCUAACUUUGUCCGCUGCAUCAUCCCCAACCAUGAAAAAAGAGCUGGUAAACUGGAGCCUCAUCUGGUCCUGGACCAGCUGAGGUGUAAUGGAGUCCUGGAGGGGAUUCGCAUUUGCAGACAGGGUUUCCCCAACCGCAUCGUCUUCCAGGAGUUCAGACAGAGAUAUGAGAUUCUCACACCCAACGCAAUCCCUAAGGGAUUCAUGGAUGGGAAACAAGCUUGUGAAAGAAUGGUAGUGCUUUUAUUUGCAAAGUUAGACCCCAACCUGUUCCGUAUUGGUCAAAGUAAGAUCUUCUUCAGAACAGGUGUUCUGGCUCACCUGGAGGAGGAGAGAGACCUGAAGAUCACUGACAUCAUCAUCUACUUCCAGUCUGUGUGCCGUGGAUACUUGGCACGCAAGGCCUUUGCUAAGAAGCAGCAGCAGCUGAGUGCCCUGAAAGUCCUCCAGAGGAACUGUGCUGCUUACUUGAAGCUACGUCACUGGCAGUGGUGGAGGCUUUUCACCAAGGUGAAGCCUCUGCUGCAGGUCACCAGGCAGGAAGAGGAGCUACAAGCCAAAGAUGAGGAGCUGAUAAAGGUGAAGGAGAGACAGCUCAAGGUGGAGAAUGAGCUGGUGGAGAUGGAGAGGAAACACCAACAGCUCAUAGAAGAGAAGAAUAUCCUAGCAGAGCAACUCCACGCAGAGACGGAGCUGUUUGCAGAGGCCGAGGAGAUGAGAGUCCGUCUGCUUUCUAGGAAGCAAGAGCUGGAGGAGAUCCUUCAUGACCUGGAGUCACGGGUGGAGGAAGAGGAGGAGAGGAACCAAAGCCUGCAGAAUGAGAAGAAGAAGAUGCAGUCACACAUCCAGGACCUGGAGGAGCAGCUCGAUGAGGAGGAAGCUGCAAGACAGAAGCUGCAGCUCGAUAAAGUGACAGCUGAGGCCAAGAUCAAGAAGAUGGAGGAGGACAUUCUGCUGCUGGAGGACCAAAACUCCAAGUUUCUCAAGGAGAAGAAGCUGCUGGAGGACAGGAUUGGCGAGAUGACCUCCCAGCUGACUGAGGAGGAGGAGAAGGCGAAGAACCUCAGCAAGAUCAAGAACAAGCAGGAGAUGAUGAUGGUUGACCUGGAGGAACGUUUAAAAAAGGAAGAAAAAACGCGUCAGGAGCUGGAAAAGGCCAAACGCAAACUGGAUGCUGAGACGACCGACCUGCAGGACCAGAUUGUUGAACUUCAGGCUCAGAUAGAGGAGCUGAAGAUCCAACUGACCAAGAAGGAGGAGGAGCUGCAGGCUGCUCUGGCCAGGGGUGACGAGGAGGCCCUCCAGAAGAACAACGCCUUGAAGCAGGUUCGGGAGCUGCAGGCACAGCUAGUGGAGCUUCAGGAGGAUCUGGAGUCGGAGAAAAUGUGUCGAAGCAAAGCUGAAAAACUCAAGAGGGACCUGAGUGAGGAGCUGGAGGCUCUGAAGACGGAGCUAGAGGACACGCUGGAUACCACCGCCGCCCAACAGGAACUCAGGACCAAGCGAGAGCAAGAGGUGGCAGAGCUGAAGAAGGCCAUAGAUGAGGAGACCAAAAACCAUGAGGCUCAAAUCCAGGACAUGAGACAGAGGCACGCCAUAGCGCUGGAGGAACUGUCCGAGCAGCUGGAACAAGCCAAGAGGUUCAAGGCCAACCUGGAGAAGAACAAACAGAGCCUAGAGAGUGACAACAGAGAGAUGGCUUGUGAGGUGAAGACUCUGCAGCAGGCAAAGACAGAGUCAGAGCACAAGAGGAAGAAACUGGAUGCCCAGCUGCAGGAGUUUAUGUCCAGGGCCACUGAAGUAGAGAGGGUCAAGGGAGAGCUGGCUGAACGCUCUCACAAACUCCAGACGGAGCUGGACAAUGUUUCUGCUUUGCUGGAGGAGGCGGAGAAGAAGAGUGUCAAACUGGCCAAGGAGGUUGACAACCUGAACAGCAAACUGCAAGAUUCAGAGGAGUUGCGGCAGGAGGAGACGCGUCAGAAGCUGAACCUGAGUGGCCAAAUCCGCCAGCUUGAGGUGGAGAAGAACACCUUGAUCGAGCAGCAGGAGGAGGAAGAGGAGGCACGACGCAACCUGGAGAAACAGCUGCAGUCGGUGCAGGCUCAGCUGUUUGAGACAAAGAAGAAGUUGGAGGACGAUGUGGGAACAAUGGAGAGCCUGGAAGAGGUGAAGAAGAAACUCCAGAAGGACAUGGAGCUGACCAGCCAGCGUCUGGAGGAGAAGACCAUGGCCAUGGACAAGAUGGAGAAGACCAAGAACCGACUGCAGCAGGAGCUGGACGACCAGAUGGUGGAGCUGGACCACCAGAGACAGAUCGUCUCCAACUUGGAGAAGAAGCAGAAGAAGUUUGACCAGAUGCUGGCUGAGGAGAAGACCAUCUCAGCUCGUUACGCUGAGGAGCGUGACCGUGCCGAGGCUGAGGCCAGAGAGAAGGAGACCAAGGCUCUGUCUAUGGCCAGAGCUCUUGAGGAGGCUUUGGAGGCUAAAGAGGAACUAGAGAGGUUUAAUAAACAGCUCCGUGCUGAAAUGGAGGACCUGAUGAGCUCCAAGGAUGACGUAGGGAAGAAUGUCCAUGAACUGGAGAAGUCCAAGCGCAUGCUGGAGCAACAGGUGGAGGAGAUGAGAACUCAGCUGGAGGAGCUGGAGGACGAGCUGCAGGCCACAGAAGACGGCAAACUGCGUCUGGAGGUCAACAUGCAGGCCAUGAAGGCCCAGUUUGACCGAGACCUGCAGGCCAGAGAUGAGCAGGGAGAGGAGAAGAAGAGGGCGCUGGUCAAACAGGUGCGUGAGAUGGAAGCAGAGUUGGAGGACGAGAGGAAGCAGAGGACUCUGUCUGUCGCCGCCAAGAAGAAGCUUGAGAUGGACCUGAAUGAACUGGAGGGACAGAUCGAAGCUGCCAACAAGGGCAGGGACGAGGCCAUCAAACAGCUCCGCAAACUGCAGGCUCAGAUGAAGGACUAUCAGAGGGAGCUGGAGGAUGCCAGAGCCUCCAGGGAUGAGAUCUUCACCCAGUCCAAGGAGAAUGAGAAGAAACUCAAGAGCUUAGAGGCUGAAAUCUUACAGCUACAGGAGGACCACGCAGCAUCAGAGAGAGCCCGUCGACAUGCUGAGCAGGAGAGGGACGAGCUGGCUGAUGAGAUCUCCAACAGUGUCUCUGGAAAGUCAACGCUGCUGGAGGAGAAGAGGAGGCUGGAGGCUCGCAUCGCCCAGUUGGAGGAGGAGCUGGAGGAGGAGCAGGGCAACAUGGAGAUGCUCAACGACCGCUUCAGAAAGAGCACCCUGCAGGUUGAAAGUCUGACCACAGAGUUGUCCGGAGAGCGCAGCGCUGCACAGAAGAGCGAGAACGCUCGACAGCAGAUGGAACGACAGAACAAGGAUUUGAAAGCUAAGCUGGCAGAGCUGGAAGGGGCUGUCAAGUCAAAGUUUAAGGCGUCCAUUGCUGCCCAGGAGGCAAAGAUCCUGCAGCUGGAGGAGCAGCUGGAACAGGAAGUCAAGGAGAGAGCAGCAGCCAACAAAAUUGUCCGACGUACAGAGAAGAAACUGAAGGAGGUGAUGAUGCAGGUGGAAGAUGAGCGUCGUCAUGCCGACCAGUACAAGGAGCAGAUGGAGAAAGCCAACUCUCGAAUGAAGCAGCUGAAGCGUCAGUUGGAGGAGGCGGAGGAGGAAGCCACCCGGGCCAAUGCCUCUCGCAGGAAGCUGCAGAGGGAGCUGGAUGACGCCACCGAGGCCAGCGAGGGUCUCACCCGGGAGGUCAACUCCCUAAAGAACCGCCUCAGGCGUGGAGGUCCCGUCAGCAGCUUCUCCUCCAGUCGUUCAGGGCGCCGCAACCUCAACCUGGACGGCGCCUCCGUCGACCUGUCGGACGACGACGCCGACAGCCGCGCCAGCGACUUCAACGAGACGCAAACCUCCAACGUUGAGUAAUUUUACAUUGACACUCUCACUCCUCUGUCCCCCCCCCCACCCCCACCCCGUCUCCUUUUCCUUGCCUUGUCGCUCCCCACCUCCCCCUCACCUCACCCAUCCUGUGACCUACGCCCAGUUCCUCCCUCCCGCCCCCAAGAGAUCCUCGGCGUCAGCACAGUCUUUGUUCAUUUCAAACCACUGACUGGACAGAAGAUCGGAAGCGAUGAGCUGUUUUUUUGGUAAUGCCGGGUCAGAGUGCCCUGGCAGCGCAUCUCUGCCCUUUUUUGUAUCAGUUAACACUGCAGGGAAAAUCCACCGCCCUCCCCUGAAGAAAAGCCUCCAGGCUUGGAGAGUCGCAGGGGGCAAACGGACAAUUCUGCCUUACUCUGUUCUCCUCUGGCAAAGCUGCUAGUCCUGGCUCGUCUGUCGGCCAUGUAUCAUCUCAGCGUCGUAACGUAACAUCUCCCCCCUCUCCCAUCAGGCGUGAAGUUAUCUACUCAGCUUAUUGAGAAAGUAUGCAUAGGUACAAAGUGCUUUUUAUACAUAUGAAACUGUGUGUGUGUGUGUGAUGUAGGCAGAGGCUGUGAGGUGUGCACACAUCAAGUAUGUGAACGCACUCCACACUGGAAAUGCAGGACUACAAGGAAAACAUGUUUCACUCUGGUGUUGUUGUAGGUGUUCUGCUCACUAGUUGUGUAAAAGCCAUCUCAUACCCGACACACUCCCUCCCUCCCAGUGUUGAGACUGACGGUCCUUUCAAAGAGGAAAAACACAAAACUGAGGUCACGGUGGCCUCUGGACUGCCACGCCUGCUGCUUUUGUUGCAUGAGUCUCCCUCUGAUGUACAGACUACAACACUACAGGAACGACUAACAUCUCGGGACAUGCAAUACAACAACAUGGACUCUGAAUUGAAAAUGUAUUACUGUGAAAAAAAAGAAGGUAUUUUAUUUUCUCUGUUGCGUCAUCUCAACAUUUAAUGAAGGAAUGUCUAGCUGAGGUUUUAACUAUGAAUCUCAAAGCUUGUAAGGUUAACUGUUUUGUACUGUUGACCAUUGGGAACACUAUUAGGGUUUUUAAGUAUUAUUUUCCUGCAGUGUGGACCGACGUGAGCUGCGAAUGAUGCAGAGAUGCUGGAAAAUGCACAGAACUGCACAGGUUUGAAUUUUUAACUGGAAACCAACAGGGGGGGAAAAAAAGCUCUUUGUUACUGGAAGCACUAAAAUGGCACUCAGUUUUUAAUGUGACACUAAAUGGUUACAGUUUAGGUUAAUCCUGUAGUUUGAUUAGAAAUGGAGACAUCAUCUUCUCACUACAUCUCAGUGUUCCUAGUCCCAGUUUGUAUCAUUGCAUCGAAGUCACAGAGCUGAGAAGCAGGUUUUUCUCAACAGUAGAUAUCCAGGGAGCUUUUGAAACUUCAAAAGGUUGUUCAACACUUAACACUGUUCUGAAAGUUUAUUCAAAAUCCUCAAAACAUCUGGAUGAAAAAAAUAUUGUUGCACAUUAAGCUUUUUUAAAUUUUUAAGCCACCACUGAAAAGUUUCUCCUGUAAGUGCUCGGAAAACUGAAAAAAUUCAGUAAUCCCAUGAAAACAGUUUUUAACCCUUUUCCCAAGUUGGGACUAUUUCCUGUUUCAACAAAGAUGGAAGCUGGAAAUAACACUUGUCUUUGCUCAAUUUGUGCAGCAAGAAACAAAAUUAAUUUUUAGUUGUAUUUGUCUGAAUUAAUGUAGCAUUUCAUAAUAUUCAUCUUAUGAAAAUAUAAAAUAUUUAUGUUUUUCAAAACAAGCCUGGGUAUUCAGGUACGUCAUUUCUGGAUGGGAAAUAGGGAAACAGGUUAAAAAUGUGUGGAUAUAACCAUUUCACUACAAGGUCCCGUAGAACUACAGCUGUAGGAGCUACAGGAGCUUUUCAUAAUUUUACACUGUCUGCGCUGCGCAACAUACAAAUAAUAUUUUAGUCAUUUAGAUGGUUAGAACUUAGUUUUUAAGAUUUUAAAAAUACUGUUAGUGUUAAACAGCCUUUAGGUUUUUCAAAGAUACCUGGAUAUUUUCAUUUAAAAGAAACUUGUCGCCCUGUGACACAUUUGUAAUGGUAACAUAUGAUACUCAUGAACAAACUAGGUUAGGUUUGUGCCAUGAUUUUGAGAGUUGAAGCCUGACUACCCACAGACCUGAUCUGGCACUUAGUAUUCGUAGGUGACCUUUUUUUUUUUUUUUUUUUUCCUUUCCUCACAAUUUUAGCCCAAAUUCCUUUUAGUGAAGUGAAGGAGCCACCUCAACAGCCGAACCACUACAUACUGAAAGAACAUGCCAGGGUACUCAUAUCCAUCCACCAUCUCUACUUUUAUUUUGUCUUUUCCUUUACUCUGGAUAUGCUGAUUAGGAUGGUAGUCUAUGACAGACCCCUUUGCCCCUCUCCUCAAAUGUUAACACUUAACAGUAUGUUUCUUUAAACGUGCCUUAGACACUAAAUAAGAACAUAAGCGGGCAAGGAUUUCAUUACAGGUGUGAAACAAAACCCUAACAAGAUAAAACAGGUACAUCAUGAAGAUCUUCAACGCUUCAUCUUUUUUUUUCUUUUGUAUUUUUGCUGUGCUUCAUAUCAUAUCCGCUGUGUACCUCUAUGUUCAUAAUAACCUCCUAGCUAGAGUGUUUGGGUCAAAAUCAGUAUUACAGUAUUAUGAUUAACUACAAGAGAAGCGGAGCCCUCGGCAGCUGCAUGUCCCAAAAUUAUUUUUGAACUAAGAUAUUUUCCCCCCUCCUGUAAUCACUCACAGGUAAGUACUGAAGUUAUUUUGGGAAUUCAUGCACUGCACAGGAUUUAAUUUGGUUGGAAGCUUUAACAUCCACAAGUAGUUAACUCAUUUGUUUCUUUUAUUGUUAUCCAGCUGGCUGUUGACAACCAGGCAUUCAACUGCAAAUACUCCCAUCUUAUUAUUUCUUGUAUACCUGUAUUUCUAGAUGGUAAUUUUUUUCUGUUUGUUUGUUUUUGUAAAAGGAAAAUAAAGCAUAUUCAUUGUA